UAGCUGAAUUUAUUCUGGAUAAUUACAUCUAUCGGUGGUAUCUUAAUUUGCACCUUUACGGUUCAGUUUCUCAUGCGGGCUCUGGUUUGGAUUUUGAAAGGCUUGUAUAGUUUGCAACUGAGAUGGAGAAUAUCAAAGAUGUGGUUCCUUUCCCAUUGACACCUGGCUCAUCAGAACUUUAAGGAGGUUGUUAACAUUCUUUGGUUCCCAAGAAGUCUGUUCCCUUCUUACCUUUACCAUUUUGUAUUGCGUUUUCUCAACUCAAGUUUUACAAGAAACCCAAGGUGGCUUUAAUUCUGUAGGCCUGAAAGUGAAGGAUUCUCAUAUAAGAACUAAAAUGUUCAUAAAACAUUCUUUUGUUUGGGACAAUAUUCUCAUAUUUGUUUGAUUCUUUAUCAUAAAAGUUGCUGAAACAUUUUGAGAUUGGAACAGUAGGCUGACAUUUUCUUAUGAAUUGCUAGUGUUUGUAUUACUUAAAACUGCGAAAAGAAAGUUUAAGAUGAGCAGUAACAGAGAAUUAAGAAUACAAAAGUGAAGGUGCUUAUGGACUUGACUGGGAGUUCUUCCUUCAGAACAAAGUAAAGUUGUUUAUGCUUUUAAAAUGCUGUCCAACUAUUUUUCAGUUGGAUUCAAUGAGGAAGUGGUUAUCAAAGAGGCCAGUAUUUUUCUAUGUCCGAGUUCCUUCUCCUUUUUUCUGUUAACUUUUUCUUAGUAAUGCAGGAGAGGUGGUAUGCUUCACGAGAAUAUCGACCUUCACUUAGAAUUUCUUUUAUUAUUUUUUUUCCAGAGAUUGAAGUUUUAUUCAAAUACACAACAGACUAAUUUUUCUUCAGAGCCAAAAAGAAAGAACAUAAAACAAGAAGUGAAAACAGGAUUAUUUUCUCAGAAAAAAUUGACUAGCAGGCGGGGUAUGUCGAAUAAGAAAUUAAGAACAUGCCAUCCUAAUUAGCUUUUUUUCUAUUUUGCAUUAUAUAUGGCAAAACAAAAACAAAAAUCAAAGCAUACAAAAAAACAUGCAUGAUGAAGAAGCAACUGUUACUGAUUGUCCUGGACAAAGAAAGGAAUAAGGCAAAGGGAAUGACCCAUCACAAUGCACUCAUAUUGAAAAUUAAGAUGCUGGCCCCGCGUAAAUGUUGUCCAGCACUCACGGCACCGCCGACCAAACCUGACUGGAGUGUUUUCGCAUUCCUGAUCCGGUGUUCCGGGGGAAGGAUAAAGGAUUUGAAGAGCUAACUAGCUUUCAUUCAUACCAUAUAAGAAAUGGAGAUUCUUGUUGCAAUAGCCGGAAAACUUGCCGAGUACACAGUCGCACCGAUCGGACACCAAGUGGGUUAUCUAGCUCACUACAAAAGGAACCAUCGAAAUCUGCAGACCAAAUUGGAGGACUUAGGUGCUGCCAGGGAGGAGGUUGAGCAUAAGGUUGUUCAAGCUAUGAGAGGAGGGAAAAGAAUCGAGACUACUGUUCUGAAUUGGAAGAGAAGAGUGGAUGCCAUCAUCACAGAGGCAGAGGAAUUCCUGAAAGACGGCCGCCAUACUCAAACCGAGUGUCUUCAUGGUUUCUGUCCUCAUCUGGUGCUCCGUUAUCAACUAAGCAGGAAAUCAGCAAAAUUGGUGGAGGAGAUUGCUGAGCUUUAUGGAAAAAAGGAUUUCUCCAACUUGGCAUAUGAUGUUCCUCUACAAGAUCCAUCCCUCUUAUCUACCGGGAAUUACCAUGCCUUUGCUUCGAGAGAUUCAAAAGUGAGGGAAGUCAUGGAUGAACUGAGAAAUCCUGAUACAGAAAUGAUUCUGGUGUGGGGAAUCGGUGGUGUAGGGAAGACCACGCUUGUGGAAGAAGUUCUUAGGCAAGCUACGGAUGACAAAUUAUUUGAUGAUGUGGUGAUGGUGAGAGAUGUUAAAGGUUUAGGGAACCCAGACCGAGUACAAAAAGAAAUUGCCACAAAGUUAGGUAUGAGCAUUAAUGAAAAUCAUUCUCUUGCUGAAAGAGCACCCAUACUAUGUGCUAGGAUAAAAGACAAGAGGGUUCUUGUAGCUUUAGACGAUGUUUGGGAAAAGAUUGAUCUGGUGGCUAUCGGACUUCCCCGCCUGGUGAAUUGCAAAGUGCUGCUGACAAGUCGACUCCGCAAGGAAUAUUCAUUGGAUAUGCGCAGACAGAUUUAUAUUCCACUUGAUGUUUUGAACGAAGACGAAGCAUGGAGUUUAUUUGAGAAGAUGGUUGGUGAUGUUGUCAAAGAUAGCCGCAUAAGAAGCGUGGCAAUUGAAGUAGCCAAGAAAUGUGGACGGUUGCCAAUUUUGAUUGUCACAGUUGCAAGAGCUUUGAAAGACAGAACCAAGAUGAGUGCAUGGAAAGACACCUUGAGACGCCUUGAAGGCUUUGACAAAAAAGAAUUGAAGGAAAAAGCAUAUUUGGCUCUGGAAUGGAGUUACAAUCAAUUGGAAGAUAAAGAACUCAAGCCGUUGUUCUUGCUUUGUGGGAUUAUCGUAGUUAAGAACCAUAUUUAUUUGGGAGACUUGCUGAAAUAUGGUUUUGGUUUGGGUUUGAUCAAAAAUGUUUAUACAAUAGAAGAAGCACGAGAUGCGUUGGAUGCAUUGGUUGAAAAGCUUAAAGAUUCUUGCUUGUUGCUGGACAGUGAUAAGAACAUGCAUGUUAGAAUGCAUGAUCUCGUAUGCGAGGUUGCUGCGUGGAUUGCGUCCAGAGAACAACACGUCUUAUCAGUUGAAUAUGGAGCUGAAUUGAAAGAAUGGCCUGAUAAAGAUUUCUUUAAAAGGUGCACUAAGAUGUCUUUAAAAUCCAGCAAUAUUCCCAUGCUUUCUCAAGUACCUGCAGAGGAAUGUCAGAAACUGGAAAUGAUUUAUUUGUACAAUGAAUAUGUUGCAUCAACAGAAAUCCCUUCCUACUUUUUUACAGAAAUGAAGAAACUGAAAGUGUUGGGGAUCACUGAAAUACGCAUGACGUCACUUCCCUCUUCUGUCGAGUGUUUGAAGAAUCUUCAAACGUUGAGUUUAAAAGCAUGCAAGUUGGAAGAUGUAACUCUAGUUGGACAUUUAACCAACUUAGAGACCCUUAGCUUUGCGAGGUCCACCAUUAGACAGCUACCCAAAGAAAUAGGGGAGUUGAUUCGACUGAAAUGGUUAGAUCUGAGUGAUUGUGGCCGUCUUGAAGUGAUUUCACCUAAUGUUCUCUCAAGGUUGGAAAAACUGGAAGAGUUGACAAUGAGAAACGUCUUUCUCAAUUGGGAGGGUGAAAGGGGAAGAAGUAAUAUUGCUAGUCUUUUAGAGCUGAAAAACUUGUCUCAUCUAACUGCAUUGGAGAUGUAUAUCGAAGAUGCUAAUAUUCUUCCGCCAAACUUGUUCUCCAGUAAUUUGGUAAGAUACCAAAUAUAUAUUGGUAAGGUCUGGAAGUCCGAAUCUCUACUGCCCAUGGCUCAGCCGACCCUCAACGAGCUAAAACUGGAGCUCACUUCCAGCAAUGAAUUGGGCCAAGGUAUAAUAACGUUGUUGAAGAAAUGUGAAGAUUUGAGUCUGGAUGGAUCUGAGACUGUUAAUAGUAUUGUCCGUCAAUUAAAUGCUGAAGAUUUGCGGCAACUGAUACACCUCCGUCUAAAUACGGUCACCUAUAUCAUUGAUCGCAAGGCUGUGUUCCCCUACUUAACAACCUUGAGCGUCAAUAGGUUGAAUCAUCUAAACUUGUUGCUCUCAUUUUCUAUGGCUAAAAGUCUGGUGGAGCUGAAGCAUCUCGAAGUGUCCGAAUGUGUAAUAAUGGAAGAGAUAGUAUCUACAAGGGAUCAACUCAAUGGAGAAAAUAUCGAUAUCGUGUUUUGUAAGUUAGAAACGCUAAAACUGUAUGACCUCCCAAACCUCGCUAGAUUCUGCACUGAAAGUUCUAUCGAAUUGUCUCUGGUGAAGAAAUUUGAUAUGGAACUGGGGGCAUCCAUCGUUGAUCCUACGAGUAGUAAAAAACUUGAUGGCAAGAGUGGGACUGCUGUUCUAACCUGUCUUUUUGAUGCACAGAUAAAAUUUCCGAGCUUGGAGAGAUUGGAAUUGUGUGCGCUUGGGAAGUUGCAGACGCUAUGGAACAAUAAGAAACUUGCUGAUCAAGACUCCUUUCAGAAGCUCAGAGAAGUUGAGACUCUCGGUUGUGACAGUCUAAUGAAUAUCUUUGUGCCCAGAAUGAUGAGAAGACUGAAUGCUCUAGAAACCUUACGGAUAUGGUUUUGUGAUUCACUAGAAGCGGUAUUCGAAGUUGGAAGAACUGAUGUUGAAGAAAUAUCUGCAGACACAUCAUCAUCAUCCCCUGGCAACUUGAAACCUUUUCACUGUCCAAGUCUUGGUUCGUCUGUGAUGAGGUGGAGGAAAUCAUCGGUGGUGAACAAGGACUGA